AAAUAGCGGACCUUUGUUGCUGUGUUAGUCUAAUUCUAAUGAAAAUUUGUCUUGGUUCUGCCACAGAGAAUGGACUUGAAUUCUCAGUAAUGGAAAUGCUCUAAGUAAGGUGUUGAGUCUUGGGCUCAAAGGAUGCUUGUUCUGGUGAUACCAGAAGCAGGUAACACGUGUCACUCUUACUGUGAUGCCUGAGCAUAUACAUAUGCCUUUGUUCAUAACUCCCUGGGUUACUGGUCUAGAGAGUCCUGUCUCAUAAGCCCUGCUGCUGCUGUUUGCAUUUAUAUCUCACCUUUUCUUCAAGGGGCUCAGGGUGGUACCAAUGUUCCUCCAUAGUUUUCAGUACAACAACUUUGUAAGUUUAGAGUAGGUUGCAAGACGAAGGGUGAGACAAAGAGAGGACUCGCACAACUGGCUCAGGUUCAUCCAGUACCUGCAUCUCCCCAGACAUAGUCUCAAGUCUAACCACUAUACCACACUGACUUUCUACUUGGCAAAAUUCUUCUGAGGGCAAGUCAUGAACAUUGUAACUUGAAGAUCAGAACCAAUGCAGCAAUCUUGGGCCUAGUUGUGGGCCACCAAGUGCUGCAUCAAGAAUAGAAAUACCUGUAGCAACAGUGAGCACCAGCAACAUUUGGCAAGAUGGAAAAACAGGCAGUUAAUCCUGGAGAGGAAACCUGACUAGAAGGGCAAUCCAUAAGAAGCAAAGGACAUCCCAAAAGAAAUGACCACUUUAUUAUGGAAGAGUGCCCAUCCAAUUACUAGAGGCAAGUUUAUGCUGCAAAGAUCUAUGUCUCUCUAUGAUCAUAACCACGGAUUUCAGGAGGAUGCAAUAAAGAAAAAGCUCCAGCAGUUCACUGGUGGAUCUGUCAGCCUUUCAAAAGAAGAUGAUGGCAUAGGGACACUUACACUGAAUAACACAAAGUUUAUGAAUGCAUUUACAGGAACAAUGAUGAUAGAACUACAGGAACGGAUUUCUGAACUGGAAAACUGGAAGGAUGGAAAAGGGCUUAUCAUCCAUGGGGCAGGAAACACUUUUUGUUCCGGAUCUGAUCUGAAUGCAGUCAGGGCGUUGUCCAGCCCUCAGGAUGGGAUGCACAUGUGUAUGUUCAUGCAAAAUACCUUAACGAGACUCAUGAGGUUACCACUAAUUACAGUUGCAUUAGUUCAAGGGAAAGCCCUGGGAGGAGGAGCAGAACUAACUACUGCGUGUGACUUCAGGUUAAUGGUUCCAGAGAGUGAAAUUAGGUUUGUCCACAAGCAGAUGGGCUUAGUACCAGGCUGGGGGGGAGCUGCCAGGCUUGUACACCUUCUUGGCAGCAGCCUUGCCCUCAAGUUGCUGAGUGGUGCUGUGAAAGUGGACCCAGAGAUGGCCCUUUGUGUUGGCCUGGCAGAAGCCAUGUUACCCACAUCAGAUGAAGGUGACUGUCUACAAGAAGCGCGCGCUUGGCUCAAGCCAUACACAGAUGGCCCUGCUGAAGUGAUUCAAGCUGUGAAGAAAGUUGUUUCAGCAGGAAGAGAACUACAGUUAGAAGUUGCCUUGAGGACAGAAAAGAAAAUUUUUGGAACUGUUUGGGGUGGGCCUGCCAAUUUGCAGGCCUUGGCUCAGAGAACAAAACACAAAUGAAUAAUAUGUAAAAGAAGUGUUUUUUAGUAUUUCUUUUGAAAAUGAACUGCUGCUACUAGGAAUUUGUGAGAAAUUGUGUCAAACUUUAUCAACCCAGUGGGCAUUAAUUUUCUGGGACAUUUGAUUAUAACCCCCUAUAUUAUCAUAGCUAAAGUGGACAUAAAGGGACUUAAAUGAACCUUAUCCUUACAUAGACAGGAGACACAUGUGAGAAGUUGCCCUUUCAGAUAGGCAUGAAUUAUGUUGCUAUCUCCCAACUUUGGAGAUGAUCAUAAACACAUAACCUAAAAGCAAGAACUUUGAUGCAUGCUAGGAAUGAACAGAUCAAAAUUAAAUAAGAUUUUUUUUAUUGAAUUGCAUGUACCUGCUUCUCUUUGGGACUCCAAAGCUCAUGCAUUAAGCUAAGGAAACUUGAUCAGAUUUGCUCUUGAUGGUCUCCAAACUAAGCUCUUGAAGAUACUCUGUACUGUAAGUCCCACCUUCACCCUAGGUAUUUAGGCAGAUAAUUCUUGUUAAAUUUGAAGAUGCACUAUUACCUCAUGCUAGGGCUUUAAAAAUGACGUAACAACAUCAAGUGCCUUAAUCAAAUGCAUAUCCCAAGUUUUUAAGGUCUGAUCUCUUUACAGUAAGGAUGCAAUUCUAUA